CAACAGCCACCGCUCUUGCUCUCCCUCCCUCCCUCCCUCCCCUGCUUCCUUCCUUCCCUCCACCCUCCCCCCAGUCGGCGCCUGCCUAGCUAGUACCUACCCUUCGUGCCUUCCUCCCCCGGUCUUGUUCUGCUCACUCUGCAUCAAAAAAUAAUUAUUUUGCGACGCAAGACCAUAAUUCCCUCGCCGCUUCUCAUUCACUCUUUCUCCCUCCCAUCCCUCUCUCAACUCUUUCCCUCCCAUCCCUUUCUUUUAUCUCCUCCUCUUGACGAUCGCGCGGCAAUCAUCCUCAUCCAUCAUCUCCACCAUGCCUUACAAUACUCGCCGCAAGUCGCUGUCGCUGCCUUCCCUAGGCAUAGCUCUCCCUGGCCGACCGUUAGCUCGCUCACCGCCUGCCACAACAAUAGACUCUCAGCACCAACAACCACCACAAAAGAAAGUCAAGCGCACACACUCUAUCACAUCCAACACAUCCAACACGUCCGCCGCCGACAGCCAGUCCAACAAAUCGACCUCCCUGCGCAUCGAUGAGCAUCGACCAAAAAGCUCAGGCCGUGUUGCAGACACCCCGCCUCCCUCCCCUGGCGGUGAGUCUGGACAAAGGAAGAUAGACACCCAAGGCAUUGAUGACACAAUCGUCGUGGGCGUCAUUGAGCAACUCGAGAAGACGGGCAAUAGACCUCACCUACUCAAGGAAUUAGCCGCAAUUCUCUCCACUACAAUUCCUAUCGUCGAAAGCUCUGCAAAUCCCGCCGCCAUAAUAUCCUCGCGACUAGCGACCUACCUGAAGCGUUCCUGGACUGCGCUGUCAAGAUGCCCCCUCGAUAAGAAGCUCGUCGGUACCCAUCCGAAGCGCGUGUACUACUUUCUCACUACAUCACCGCACCAGCCCAUCCCAACCAACCCGAGUAGUGCUCCUUCCACCGCAAGGAUCAUCUCCCCGUCGCUUUCUUCAGCCACGUCUGAGGAGGCUGAGGAUGCCGAGGCACGCUCGCGCGAUCGGAUGUCGCCUUCGCCGGAGCUGGAAUUCUCUUCGUACGAAGAGGAUGAGGAGAGCGACAGUAAUCCUUUCUCGAAUCAAUCGCAUCCACCAACCUCUGUAAACAUAGCACACAAUCGACGGGCCCAAUCGCCUCCCUUGGAGAAGGACGAGCGUGAAUUUACGCAGACUGCCUCCUUCCUCCAACAGAGGAGGAAGAGCCAGGAGGCGGAAAGCCAGCGCGUAUCCAGCUCAUCGGCUGCCGGUACACAGUCGACAGACGUGAUCAUGGACGACGCUUCGCAAGCCAUGGACGAGACCGAGGAGAGUGCCGCGCGGAAGAACUCGGAGACCGCAGCUGCGCUAUUCGGCUCAAUGAGCCACCUCUCCAAUUUCCAUGCCUCAGACCUCUCUCCCGGUAGUCCGCUCAUCAAACCGGUGCAGUCAAUUGAGACCCCCCACACUGCGCUGAAGCGCACCGCGUCCAGGAUGGAGUAUCCCGACCUCGACUGGAAUUGGGAUCCCAAAGGCCCCGAACAUAUCGAGCUCGAUGAACUCGAGGAUCUGUUCGACGAUUAUUAAAGUGCGGAUGGUGCGAAGGCGCUUCCGCUCCGGGCGGUCAUGUCUAUUUAACGAAUCUCCUUACAGUCACAAUGUCCACCAACCAACCUGGUCACUACUUUCCUGCUGAUCAUAUGACUUUAUUACCCUUCAUCUCUUCUCUUUUCGCUCUUCUUCUUCUCCAUCUCCAUCUUU